CGGCGCAGUCGACGACUGCGGAUUCUCGAAAUGCGCAGUGGACAAGGAACGGUAUGCCCACAGCGUUUACUCUUGCGUUCCGUCCACUCAUCUCGCAGUCAUACUAGAAGUAUAUCUUCGUUUUUAUAAUCUCCAGUAGCAGCACUUUCAACUUUUCGAGCUGCUACAGGUCAUGGAAUCAAACCAUGAGCCAAAGCCUUCAAGGAGGCUAAGGGACCGUGAUCCCGCUCAGCCAACCGAUUUUGCGGAGCGUAUGGUUGCCUUCCAGAGGAGAAAUGCCAUUGCAACUCGUCCCCGUGAACGCCCUGAGCGAACGCCGUCAUCUCCAUCUACUUCUCGUCUGCAACCUCCAAAUCCGCCACCCGUUCCUUCCCGCAGCUCUCCCGCAGUGACAUCUCCACGUAAGACUCACCUCGCACCUCAUGUUAUUGUAUCCCGUCCCGAGGCAGACCCAGAAGAUUUCUCCCGGCGCCUCAAGAUAUCUUCAUCCCCUCGCCCCCACCAUCACACAAAACAGAAUCAACAGGGCAAAUUAUUUAAUCCCAACACGGAUCCCAUUCCCAUGAGAAGGACAACUGAGCCCGAAUCAAUUUCUGAUGCAACAAGCAGUUCGUCCCCGCCGCGCAACAACCUCACUUCCCAUCAGAGAGACGCGCCAGCAAACCGUCAAUUAUUCGACCACAGGAAGGAUGAUCCUGUAAGAUUUGCGGUCCUGGCCCGUCCAUCAUCAACUAGUGGCCGGCCUCCACCUACACCCAAGUCAUCGGGAGACUAUGUCUCUGCGUCCUCGACUUCCUCGUAUGCUCACUCGUUGACCUCAAGCUUCACCCUUUCAUCUGGAACGACGGAUAAUUCAUCUGCAUCGUCAGCAUUAUUCGAUAGCAAGCCUCGCGAAGAUGCAAGCAAUAAUGCGUUCGCCGUUCAGCUUAAAAAGCUGUACCGCAACAUAUCCACCCUAGAAACAAAGAUAUUAAAUGAAGACCCCGAUGAUCUCGUAGAUGAAGGCCGCGUUGUUCUCCAAGGACGAGGACGCGAAGUUAGCGACGAAGACCUCCAGCAACAAAAAUGGACGAAGCUGAUCUCAGACCAUAAGCGGCUCGCUGAGAUGAUGCACAAUCUUAUGGAGAUCUCCCUCGCACCGAGCGUUCCGGCUUCUCUCCGGGUAAUCCCAAGCAAGUACAAUAUCAUCAUUCGCCUCUGGACACAUGCAUUUCACAAACUUCUGGAGGCCUUGAGGCGUGCUUCGUUUUCUUCGCCUCUCGCUCUUGAACACCUUCAAGACUUUAUAUAUUAUUCCUACACCUUCUACACCGGCCUUCUCGAGGAGCCGACUCUGCGUUCGUUCCGAUCCGGCUGGCUCGAGGCUCUUGGCGAUCUUGCGCGCUAUCGCAUGGCUGUGGCUGCAAUGGUCACCAAUAACCAAUUGAAAGGCUCGGCACUAACUACAGACGCUGUGUCUAAAGCAGCCGCGGCAUCCGCAGAUGGCGAACCUGUGACAGCCAAGAGCAAAUCACAGAUGAGCGUCAAAUCAUCUUCUGAUCAUCCUGCUGCACGGGUAGACAAUUCGCCGAGCCCGAGUAUUGGUGUUGUCGCCGCGCGGAUGAUGGAUGUCGAGCCAGAGAAGGAGCGCUGGCGAAGUAUCGCAAAGGAGUGGUACGCUCAGGGCCUUGCGGAUACCCCUGGUGCAGGCAAGUUGCACCACCAUCUCGGUUUGUUAAGCCGUGAGGUCGACGAGGAGGAGCUACGCGCCGUGUAUCAUUUUGUCAAGAGUAUGACCACCCUCCACACAUUCUCAACCUCUCGAGAGUCCAUUCUUCCCAUCUGGUCGUCAACUGCGCAAUCGCGGCGAUCGCAACCUGACGCCCGCGCACCUGAACUCUUCGUUCUUUUACAUGGCAUGCUAUUUACCAACAUCCAACUUGACGAUUUUUCACCGACCCUCGCUCGCUUCCUUGAGCGCAUCGAAAUCGAGGGAGCCGAGGAACGUGAGUGGAUCAUGAUGGCUAUCGUGAACAUCGGUGCUGUGCUUGAAUAUGGUCGUCCGAGCGGCGUGCUGCGUAAGAUUGGUAGCGUAGGUGGUCGUGACACUGGCGCAGGCAUUCCGGCUGUAAAAGUAGCCAAGAAGUGCCAAGUUUCACCCGCAUUCCGCGACGAAGACGGUGAUGAGAAACGGAUGGACGUGGAUGAUGAAGGCAUCCAACAAACAUCUCCGGCUCUAUCGGAUGGAAGUCUCUCUGUGGAGCUGCCGGUGGCAUUCAAACUAGCGUUGGAACUUGCAUUUUCAAUGCUCUCAUUCGUUCUCCGCAAUCCGACGCGAAAAGCCACACAUUUUUCUCGUUCAACUCUCAAUCCUUAUCUCACAGUCCUGCUCACUUUCUUGGCUACCAUCACAAAACACGCAGAGACACUUUCUAUAAUGGAACGUUCGAUACCUUGGCAUGAUCUUGCCCGCUUUUUUGCCACCAUUCCCCGCGAUAUCUUUGCUGCGCAGGGACUGGAUAUCCCAGCUACUGGCGGUGAGCGGUGGGCGAUGCUGACAAGUGGUUGUGCCCCGCCUCUCUCCGAGGACUGGUGCCUUCGUGGGAUGGAGUGGAUCGGUCGCAAAGUCUUUGAGCGUGGAUACUGGAAGAGCGGAGAAGAGAGGCGGGUGGAGGUGGAGAUUCUGGAUAUGGAAGAAGGCGGCCAGCUAACUGACGGGAUCAUCGAAGAUGAAGAUGACGAAGAGGAUGGUCACUCCCAUCGGGAGAGUUUGCGUGGGGAGACGAGCAAGAGAUGGAGCCGACUUGUGCGCUGUGCCGUUUCCUUGUCAACUGUUGUUGAUGGGCUCACCUGGGUGGAGGGCACACGUGAAUGGAGGGUUGAGGGUGUAUUGGAAGCGAAAGUGACGCGCUGGCUUGACGAAGAUCGUCAUGAGCGCGAGGAAGAGGAACGGAGGCGACGUGGACGUCGUUGGACUGACGAUUCUAUGGACGUCGAUGUCGAGGAUGAAGACGCCGAUGAAUCGUCGGAACAGAGUGAAGACGACGAAAAUGAUUCUGAGGAAGUCAAGGAGCUCAAGGCACGCCGGAGGUACUUGCGGUCACUUCUCGUUUCAGCUCAGCGUGCACCCGCCCACGUACCCAAACAGCGGUCUCGCACCACACGUUCCCAGAAAAUCGUGUCAGUGCCAUCCCUGAACAUCGUGGCAGGCUAUACUAUUCUUGUGCUGGAUACGAACAUCAUCCUAUCUUCCUUAUCGGCCAUCGCAUCUAUCAUUGAGAGUCUCCGAUGGACCGUCGUCCUGCCAGUUCCGGUUAUCAUGGAGCUUGACGGCCUAUCCUCGAAUCCAUCUAAGCUUGGCGAAGCUGCUCAAGAAGCCAUUGAAUAUAUCACCUCUCACGUCCGCUCGCACUCAACCUCACUCAAAGUCCAGACUUCAAAAGGCAACUACCUGAUGUCACUGAAUGUACGGACCGAGCAGGUUGAUCUCACGAAUGAAGACUCAUGGGAUCGUUGCAUGGACGAUCUGAUUCUAAAAGCUGCGAUCUGGCAAGAUGAGCAUUGGGUGGACCGCUCUGCACUGUUGAAGAAUACCCCGCCUGUGCGAGAUGAUGCUAAUGCCGUCAAGGUGGUGUUACUAUCUUUAGAUCGUCUCUUGCGUUUGAAAGCGCGUUCACGCCAACUUGCGGCAGCUGGCGAGAAAGAUCUUGCUGCUAUACUAGCAUCCGGAACGUAAUGCAUGCUCGUCGCUUCAUGACGUCGGUGCCAUAGGUUUUCUAACCUUUAUUAUGCCUUGCAAGCGCUUCAGAGUGUUUAUCAGCGGUGGUUGGGCCGGAGUUCCUCUUACGUAGUAGGUCGCAUGCUGCGGAUCAAAUGCCUAGGGUAGCUGGAUCCUGCAUACUAUGGCACGCCGAGGAGUGUGUAGUAGGUGUUUGCACACACUGGCAACUAUUUUUUUCAUAUCAUCAUUUCUUGCAUACAUACCCUCACUCUUAUUGCAUACAAUACCUUGUUGCUCAUUAUCUUCAUCUAUUAUCGCUCUGUUUUAUUAUUGUUUUGCUAGUAAUCAACUGUGGUGUCCUUUG